AUGAGAACCCUUGGAAAGGGGCAUACCAGUGCCAAAAAGUUUUGUACGCUAAUAAACAUGCCUCACCCUCCGGCUGCCAAAAACUAUACCAAGAUUUCAAGCGUGAUCACAACUUGCAUGAGGUCAAUGGCAAAGGAUAGUAUGAGCCAGGCAGCCGAGGAGGUAAGAAAUCUAAAGGGACAAAAUGACUGUAAUGAAACUGAAACAGUCGAUUGUGGUAUCUCUUGUGAUGGUACAUGGCAGAAACGAGGCUUUUCACCAAGAAAUGGCUGUGUAACUGCCAUCUGUGUUGAUACAGGGAAAGUGCUUGAUGUUGAGGCUCUCAGCCAGGCAUGUAAGUAG